GCUGCCGACCCAGAGCGCUGGAAGCUCGCUGGCGGUUGGCAGCUCGCGCUCGCGCCCGCUUCGAUCCCGGCCACAAAGGGAGCUUCCGGAUCCCUGCCGGCUGAGCGGGAGGCGCUCUGGGCUCCGCGCCCCAGCCCGGAACUUCUUCCCCCUUCCCCCUUGCGGGGGGGUCUGGACCCAUAGCGGCGGGGGCGCGUCUCCGGCCGCGGGGCUCGAGCCGCAAGGAAUCGCGACGGCGGGCGCCAGGAAAUAAUGAAAAAAGUCUGCUAAGGCUCUUGAUCAGAGAACUGGAAUCUGAGAAGAAGUCACUAACUAAGCUCAUGUUUUCUCCUGAUCAAGAAAAUCAUCCAUCUAAAACACCAGUAAAAUAUGGUGAACUGAUUGUAUUAGGGUAUAAUGGCUCUCUGCCAAAUGGAGAUCGAGGAAGAAGGAAAAGUAGGUUUGCUUUAUUUAAAAGACCCAAGGCAAAUGGGGUGAAACCUAGCACUGUGCAUAUUGCCUGCACUCCUCAAGCAGCAAAGGCAAUAAGCAACAAGGACCAACAUAGCAUAUCGUAUACCUUGUCUCGGGCCCAGACAGUGGUGGUUGAAUAUACACAUGACAGCAACACUGAUAUGUUUCAGAUUGGCCGGUCAACAGAAAGCCCUAUCGACUUCGUAGUGACAGAUACGGUUCCUGGAAGUCAGAGUAAUUCAGAUACACAGUCUGUACAGAGCACUAUAUCACGGUUUGCUUGCAGAAUCAUAUGUGAACGGAACCCUCCUUUUACAGCAAGAAUAUACGCUGCAGGAUUUGACUCCUCAAAAAACAUCUUUCUUGGGGAAAAAGCUGCCAAAUGGAAGACAUCCGAUGGACAGAUGGAUGGGUUAACCACAAAUGGAGUUCUUGUUAUGCAUCCGCGCAAUGGAUUUACUGAAGACUCCAAACCAGGGGUGUGGAGGGAGAUAUCUGUGUGUGGGAAUGUGUUCAGCCUCCGUGAAACCAGAUCAGCUCAGCAGAGGGGAAAAAUGGUUGAGAAUGAAACCAACCAACUCCAAGAUGGCUCAUUAAUCGAUCUGUGUGGAGCAACGAUGCUGUGGCGUACUGCCGAAGGCCUUUCACGCACUCCUACGGUGAAGCACUUGGAAGCUCUAAGACAGGAAAUAAAUGCCGCCAGGCCUCAGUGCCCUGUAGGGUUUAACACAUUAGCAUUUCCUAGUAUGAAGAGGAAAGAUGUUGUCGAUGAAAAGCAACCAUGGGUGUAUCUCAACUGUGGCCACGUACAUGGCUAUCACAACUGGGGAAACAAAGAGGAAAGAGACGGGAAGGAUCGAGAAUGUCCCAUGUGCCGCUCUGUUGGCCCCUAUGUGCCUCUGUGGCUUGGAUGUGAAGCUGGAUUUUAUGUAGAUGCAGGACCUCCGACUCAUGCAUUCAGCCCCUGUGGACACGUGUGCUCAGAAAAAACAACUGCAUAUUGGUCCCAAAUUCCUCUUCCUCAUGGUACUCACACUUUUCAUGCAGCCUGUCCGUUCUGUGCACAUCAGCUGGCUGGCGAACAGGGUUACAUCAGACUCAUUUUCCAAGGACCUCUUGACUAAUACACGUGUCACCAAGGACUUCAUUAAAUUUAUAAGCUAAGCAAUUCUGAUUUUAAACAAACUGUCUAUUUCAUAUUCUCUGGGCUUUGACAGUUUGCAUUAAAAUGAAGAUCUUUUUUUUGUUUUGUUACAGCAGCUAAAUCCCUUUCUAGAUGAGGAAAAGCCUGGAAGCAACAAGAUAGAUUAUGAGGAGGAAAGGGAAAGUUCCCGUCUUUGUUUAGUGUCUGCUUUUGGAGAGGGGAAGGGAAUUUAUGCAUAGUGAAAUUCAAUGCCUUCAAUUUAAUAUUUUUGAAUGACAUGCCCUUGGUGUUUAAAAGUUGCUUUUUUGUAUAACUGAGGAUAAAUAUGGUCAGUUCAAAGGACAUUAGUUUACAGCUUGGAUGCAAACAUUGUAAAAUAUAGCAACAUGUAUAUUAACUUUUUCUAUUUAUCUUUAUUAUUGAAAUUAUCUUAUGGCAUUUUGAUAGAGGAGCAGCAUGGUGGUAGUGUGUUAAAUCCAUUGACUGGAUGCAUAGAAUAGUUCCUGAUGGGGAAGGUUAGAAGAAAACUGUAGAAGUACCUUUUUAAAAUCUAGAGUACUAUUGAGUUCUUAGAGUAGCUGAAUGCUUUUUAAACAAAAUUAAUGCAAAUUACAGUGGUGUAAAAAUAUGCUUUAACCUCUCAAAAGAUCAUUAUGAUGGACUUUUUCAAAUGUCUGUCCGUUGGGUAGGACUAUAAUAAAAGAACUGGUCACAGGAAAACA